UGAUUAUGUGUAAGGACGUGACUUGCAAAGAAGUUCGCAGACUGGGAAAUUUCCAUCGUUUCAGGUAAACAGUAGACGGAGAGUUUGUGGAAAAAAUGGCAGCGUAUCACUACGUAAAUGGAACAAGCAAAAUUAAAAUGAAAUCGCUUUCGACCAAAACGAUAAAAGCCAUUUACAAGAAAGCCACAUUCGGGGGCCUAAGCAAAAAAGUGGCUAAAGCUAUUGCCUGGGACAUGGGCAAAGAAGUCAACGAAAUAUUGGAGACAAUAAAAACAUAUGCAAUUCACAACCGUAGCAAUGUGGUAACGGAAGCAGACAUUUACCAUGCCCUCAAGGAUGACGACGAUUGUGGCAGUAUUCUUUGUAUGGCGUUGCCUGCGAAAGAAGCUGGAGCACUUAAAGGAGGGCAUGUUGCCGCAUGUACCGACACGCAUCGUCCGUCGGCGACAGCGAAAGCCGGAUACAGCCACGAGGAAUCGUCCGAAUCUGGCUGGCAAUGGGAAGAGACAGUGGAGCUGAAGCCCCCCAAACGAUUUCCGCUUACCAAAGAGCAGCAAGCCUUCUACCAAACAAUCAUCCAUGCGUGCUGGGGAGAUGACGAGGAUGCGCAAGCAGACGCACUGAAGUCAUUGCAAAUAGAUCCGAGUAUAGAGUACAUAAUUCCCCAGUUGACCACGCACAUAGUAGACGGAAUCGAUGAGGGUCUCUAUGACAAGGAUGUGUAUCAGUGCAUCGUUCCGCUACUCAUGGCUCAAGCUCUUGUGAAGAAUCGUAUGAUCACUUUCAACAAGCAUUUCCACCUAAUCCUACCUAGCGUACUCUCGUGCUUGCUCAUUCAGGAGGCAUUCGAGGAGGACGUUGAGGGCAAUGAGUUUCACUGGUACCUCAGGGAACUGGCCAGUGGCAUAAUGGGCGAUAUUGUGAGGGUCACCAAGAGCUACAAUUUGCUCGGUAGAAUUAUUCGGGUUUUAAUUAGCGGUCUUCGCCGCCACGGAAAUUUACUUACGAUUUAUGGGGCCGUCGUUGGCUUUGGCCAAUUGGGAAGUCUUGUCGUAGAAGACUAUCUGCUACCGGAAUUAUCGAAGUUAUCGGAAUUCAUGUACGCUGGAGGCAGGAAUCCCAGAGUGGAAGAGGGAGCCUUAAAGAAUAUAUGGUAUCGGCUGAUUAAAUUAUGUUCUACGGUGCUCAAAACUGUAAACACACCCCCCGAUCAAAUGGACAAAUAUGUUGCACAAUAUGGUCAUUUUGGAGAAUAUUUGUACCAAAUGGUUCGUGGACUUCGUGUAAGGGAGCACCAAUACGCAGAAAGAUUAAGGGCCGAAUUGCAACUAGAAGCACAGCAAAAAUUUAAACGCGAAAACCAGGUCGCAGAAGAGCUAUUAGCCAACGUAGAGGCACAGAAAGAGUUCACAGCAGAAUUUUGUGCCCGUUUAAAAGCACAGAGAGUUGCUGACUUACAGGGGUACAAGACCGCUGAAGAAUUAAUGGACUCCGACAGCGAUGAGUAUAGACCGGAAGCAGAACUAAGAUCCGAACUAGAAUCAAUGGAAGAAGAAAUAGAUCUUGAGAGCGAAGAGAAUGACGCGGCAGACGAGUUAAUCGCAAAAUUAGCAGAUUUCAAAAGUUCUGAUGAAGAGGGGGAUGACCCAGCCGCAGUAGGCGCCGAAUACGAAGUCUAUGCGGAGGAAGAAAAAGACGAUUUAGAUGCCGAACUAUCAAUAAUGUAUAGGUCUGAAUCCGAGGAGGACAACGAAGACGAAGUUGAAGAUGAAGAUGACGAAGAUGAAGAUGACGAAGAUGAAGAUGAAGAUGACGAAGAUGAAGAUGAAGAUGACGAAGAUGAAGGUGAAGAUGAAUAUGACGAAGAUGAAGGUGAAGAUGAAUAUGACGAAGAUGAAGAUGAAGAUGAAGAUGACGAAGAUGAAGAUGAAGAAGUAGCUACGAAGGCGAAAAACCCACACACUGGAGUAGCGACGGAGGAAUACGAAAUGAAUUUCAUGUUUUGGAGAGCGGCAAAGAUGAGCUCGAGCUCUGAGGUGCAAAGCUCUGACUUGGAAGAAAAUGAAUAUACUACUGACGACGAAGACCCAGCAGGCAAAUAUUUUACUGACAGCAGGUAGUAAGUAGUCAGUAGCAAAAUCUGGCAAUCUGCUGGCCAAACUAGCAGCACGUAUAAGUCUGAUUCCGAAAGGGAAUGGUUCUGACACUGACUUGUAAUUCCCGGAACCAAAGUCCAUACACCAACUAAAAAUACAGUUCUCAGGCUCAAAACCUAAUAUAGAGAAUUCGAAAAAAAGCAAGGUACAAUUAAAAAAAAUUAAAGAUGUUCAAGUACAUAUGCUUAAUUAUAUGUGAUACUUGUUGUAACAAAAUGAGAACAAUAAAUAUACAAAAAUAAAUAACAGAUGAGCAAUCUACAGCCUCUAUAUAACCAACUCUCAAAUAUCGAAAAUCAUCAUAAUCAGUUUUAGGAAUCCCCAUACUGUUCAGCAGAGCUGGCAGACGAGGAGCCUCCUUAAACCAAUAAACUAACUUAAUUUAAAAUAAAAUUAACUCUUAAUUUACAACCAACAAAAACCAGUAGCAAUGAAACGCAUAUCAAAGUAAAAAAUGCACUUGUUUUUCCAGGGACCGUAAAAAAUGAUUAUUUUGUAUUAUUUGUAGCCGAAACAAUUACAGCAUAAUUAAAUA